AACCAGCUUUCGAGUCCGGCUCUUCUCUGUGGUUGUAUAAAUAGAGUAGCAAAUAAGAUCGAAUACAUACUUAUAAAUGCAAUUUUCUCUGAUUUACUUUUGAAUUAGCAUCAAUUACUGGGAAUUAAUCUCUCCAUCAAUCCAUUAAUCGAUCACGAUGUCAUACUCAAGAGGAGGAAGAGGUAGGAGACCAGAUUCAAGGUCAAGGUCGAGAUCAAGAUCAAGGGGUCGGUCUAGGAGCUAUGAUCCUGAUGAUGCACAAAAUCCUGGAAAUAACUUGUAUAUUACUGGCUUAUCUACACGAGUUACUACAAGAGAACUUGAGAGGCAUUUUCAAAGUGAAGGGAAGGUCUUGGAAUGCCAUCUGGUUGUCGAUCCUCGCACCAGAGAAUCCCGUGGGUUUGGGUUUGUGACUAUGGAAACAAUUGAAGAUGCAGAUCGCUGCAUUAAGUACCUGAACCGUUCAGUGCUUGAAGGCCGUGUCAUAGCAGUGGAGAAGGCGAAGAGAAGAAAAGGUAGGCAACCAACCCCAGGAGAAUAUCUUGGCAGGAGAACAGGCAGAGAGAAACGCCGACGAUCUCCAAGUUACUCGCCAUAUCGGGAUCGACGUCGAUCUUCCCCUCUGUUGUCACGUAGAGACAGAGAGCGCUCUCCUCCAAGGGGCGGGCGUAGCAGCCGCCCAUCACACUCCCCUCGUAGCAGGCACAAUGCCCACCGUUCACCAUCUCCCAAAAGGCAUAGAGAGCGUCUUCACCGUUCACCAUCUCCAGUGAGGCGCAGAGAGCACCUUCACCAUUCACCGACUCUUGAGAGGCACAGAGGGCAUUCCCGCCGUUCACCAACUCCUGAGAGGCAUAGAGAGCAUCCCCGCAGUUCACUGACUCCUGAAAGGAACAGAAAUCAUCCUCACAGUACACCGUCUCCUGUAAGGCAAAGAGAACAGUUCCGCCAUUCACUUACUCCUGGAAAGGAUAGAGAGCAUCCCCACCGUUCACCAACUCCAGAAAGGCACAGGGAUCAUCCCCACAUCCGCUCACUGUCUCCCGAAAGGCACAGAGAGAAUAUUCACCUUUCAUCUCCAACAAGGCACAGAGAGCAUUCCCUCGACAAACACUACAGGCGUGAGAGGCCUUCUACGCCCAAAGAUAAGUAUCGCUCAACUUCUCGUAGCAUCUCUUCUCCUAAACAUAGCAGAAGAAGCAAUUCUCACACCUCUCCUAAACACACUGAGAGAAAAAACCCUGACAAUAUCUCUCCUCCCAAAGAAAGAGAGAUAUACAAAUCUCACAGUAUCUCUCCUCCCAAAGAAAGAGAGAUAUACAAAUCUCGGAGUAUCUCUCCUUCUCAACAUGGUGAGAGAAACUAUUCUUGCAGUAUCUCUCCUCCAAAACAGUGUGAGAGAAAUCACUCUCUCAGCAUUUCUCCUUCCAAACCUAGUGCGAGAAACUUUUCUCGUAGUCUCUCUCCUAUGCUAAGGGAGAAAGAACGCAGCAUGUCUCCUCCCAAACAUAGAGAGAGAGACUAUUCUGCUAGCAUCUCUCCUAGACAUAGUGAGAGAAACAACUCUCUUAGUGUCUCCCCUCCAAAACAGAGUGUGGGACAACAUUUUUGCGGCGUUUCUCUUGCGAAGGAAAAUGAGAGAAACUAUUCUGAGAGCAUUUCUCCACCACAACAAAGUGAGAGAGACUAUUCUUGGAGUGUAUCUCCAGAAAAAAGUGAGAGAAACCAUUCUGGUUGUGUUUCUCCUUAAAGAGACCUGGGGAGGUUCCUAUUUAAGGUCACUGUGAGAGACUCCAUGUCUUGGAAAAUGCUGUAACAAUUUAAAUUGUGCUUUUGUGCCUUAAAUUUUUUAUGGACUUGUCUUUUAUGUUUUUUAAUCUGUCAGACACCAAAUUGAGUAGGUCGUUUUCGUGUUUUGGAGAUUCUUUGUUGAUCUGAAUAAUUGUCUAGGAUUUUGGUAAAAAUUUGAGUGUGAAUGGCGUUAGCAUUAUUCUGAUUUCUCUCUUUCUAUGGAUUGCUUUUGCCUGUUGUGGAGACAACUCUUCAAACUCCAAAUAAAGAAGGUAAAUGUGGAUGGUUUUAAAUCUUUAUUUGGAUGCUAGGGAAAUUUGACUCUAAUUAGAAACUCUCGUUCUUUGCAACUCUUGCUUAAAACUCUUGGGCAAUUGAUUUUAUGAUUUUGCUAGGUCUAAUAAGGAUAAGGAUCUUAAACUUAACCUGUCCCAAGCCUGGGUAAAGAGGUGUGUUUUGGUAUGCAGCCAGCGUAAAAUUUUCUUACAUCUUAUCAUGAAUUUUGAAGAGAAGAAUGGAAGAACAAGAAUCAUGUAGUCAGCCUCAAAUAAUGGGAUAAGGCUUAGAUGAUUUUAUGAUUUUGUUGUACUCUGUUGCUCAUCACUGUUUCUCCUGGUGCAAAGUUCUGAAUACGUGGGAACUGAUUCAAUCUCCAUUGAUCACAGUUGUAUAGUCUAUUCUACUGUAUAUUUUUUUUAAAA